AAGGGAGAUAAUGGAAUCCGAUAUUUGUUUAUUGUGCUUAGAGCACAAAGAGCGCUUGAAAGUGCCUAGCAAAGUUUUCGAAACAACUGUUAUCAACACUAUUGCCCUACACUUCUGGUUCGCCCCAGAAGAUGCAGAGAAACAUUUAGUUUGCAACGAUUGCUGGCAACAAGUGGACGAGUUUGAUAAAUUUUACAAGAAAGUGGAGAUGAUACAUCGAACGAAUCGUAUCGCGGCUUCUGCCAAUUGUACCAAAUCAUCAGCAAGUGUGCAUCAGGAACCGGAGGUAGGGCGCUGCACAACCUGGAAUAAGGAAUUUGAUACAGAACAAUCACAUGACAAAUUCAGCAGUGAUUACGAUGCUGUUUUAGUGGAAGAGGAAGAGUCGCAAAUCGACCAGUUAGAUGAUGAAGAUGAUUUUGAUUUAGAAGAUAAAGCAGAUGAUAACACGAGCAUUGAAGUUCAUGAAAACGCUUGGUUAAAAAUAAGUGUACUAAAUGUUCCAACUAAAUCGUUUUACGAAGAACAUUCUCAUUCAGAACAUUCGUUCGAACUCACGGAUGCUGAUGAUUCGACAUCCGACUCGGAAAGUGAAAAAUUACUGAACAAAUAUGGUGAACCAGCUAGCAGCACCGCAAAGCAAACUCAUGCACCGGAAAGCGAACUCUAUAUAUGUCAAACAUAUUCUAAAAAUUUACCUGAUCAUGAGUCCAGGUCUGAUAUUGAGAAAGGUUUGGUCAGCGAUCUGGAAAUAGUGAUUCUUACCAAAGGCCCGGCUGAUAGUGCAAAAUUUUGUAGCGAAAAAACGUUAGAGCAGCAUUACCUUGCGACACACGUUCCGGGCGAUCUGAUAUGUGACACAUACUCGGAAGGACGAUCACAAUUUGGGGUUCAUCAAAAUGCGCAUCAAGGAGGGGCAGAAUCACAGACCAGAGUGGAGUGUAACCUUUGUGGAAAGUGGCUUAAAAAUUCAGGCAGUUUAAGAAAGCAUACCCUCAGGCAUAAGAGCAGCAGUGAGCCGCAAAUAUGCGAUAUUUGCGGCAAACGUGCACCAAACUCUCUGGCGUUACAAAGCCACAAAACGUUUGUGCACAGGAAAGAGAAAUCUUUCAAAUGCACCGUUUGUCAGAAAGCGUUCAAAAGGGCGUUCACACUGCAGGAAUAUAUGACCAUGCACACGGGCGACAUCUUGUACCAAUGUCUAUACUGUCCUAAGUUGUUCAACUCGUCUGCAAAUAUGCACGCACACAGGAAGGGGAUGCAUCCUGCGGAGUGGAAACAAGGGCGAAGGCAGAACCACAAAGACCCGUCCCAGGUGGGAUGUUAA